AUGUCUGAGAAUAUAUCCAGUAUGGGCUCAUCAUUGUCAAAUGAGCAACUCAAUAUUCAGCUGAACAACUAUGAUUUUUACAUGUCAAAACCAACGCCAUUAGAUAGGGCACAUGGGAUCAGUUUACCCAUGAAUCAAUAUAUUCGGGUACCAGUCAUAAGAAUAUAUGGAUCCCUACCAUCUGGACACCAAGUACUGUGCCAUAUUCAUGGCGUAUUACCUUAUAUCUUCGUUCAGUAUAAUGGAGAAGUGUCAGAUUCAAAUGCGAUAAUGAAUCAGAAAUGUGCACAAUUGCAAGAAUUGUUAGAGAAACAGAUCAGUGCAUCUAUGAAAAACAGAAAAAAUAAUCAACAAUCAGCAUCAAAUGCUUCAAGUUUGGAAUAUAUAGCGAACGUUUCCGUUACCAAAGCUGUACCAUUUUAUGCCUUUCACGUUGGUUGGACGCUUUUUUACAAAAUAUCUAUAUUGAAUCCAUCGUUUGUUAACCGAAUAGCAGAUCUAUUAAGAGAUGGAAACUUAAACUUAGCGCACAACGAAGUUUAUGAAGCUCAUAUACCUUAUUUGCUUCAAUUCUCAGCUGAUUUUAAUUUAUUUGGAUGCGAUUGGAUUAAAUUGGAAAAAUGUUACUUUAGGAAACCAGUUUUAAAUAACAUUUUAGGAAUUGAUAAUCUAAUGCAGGAUGAGGAUCUAAAAAAAGUUUUGAAUCAAUUUAAUGAGCAAGAUCAGAACGUCUUGGAAUCCAAGGCAUUUCCCAGAAUGGGUAACGGAUUAUUGGAAAUCGACGUUCUUCCUCAAUUCAUUCAGAACAUCCAUUUUAUGAAAUUCAGAGAUAUUCAUCAUGAUUUUAUUGAGAAAAUACAGGACUUGUCGUCUAUUCUUAAGGGUCCAUAUGUCACAUCAACUCGACAAAUGACGAAAGAAUUGCAAGAACAACGUCAAUUGUUGUCUCUUCAAGAAUACAAACCAUUGAAAGAUAUUGAAAGGGUAGAUGUAGAUACAGAAUGGCAGUCAAGCGAAGAUUUUAGAAAAUUUUACGAAGAAGCAAAGAAAAGGCAAAUCUCAUUGGAUGGUAAGUUCCCAAAAUUUGAAACAUUUGUUCAGAACAAUUCUAAAAUUGAUAGAGUACGUAGGCCACAUGAGAUGCUCUCCCAGUUGUGGCCGGUGCCCUUGUCUCUGGGAGGGCAUCAGAGCGGUACGGGAUCCAAAAACAAAAAUUCUGACGUUAUUAACACUGCGUUUGAGGAAUAUAGUCUAUUAAAUAUAACUGAUGAUGAAGCUGACCAACUGCAUGAGGAGUUUUCCUCGCCUUUAAAGCAGAUAGAACCAAUUUCAGCUGGUUUGGGAAAAAGUCAACCACAACCAUCAAUGGACCUCCAUUUGACACAGAUGAUGGCGAAAAGAAAAAAAACUAGGUUUAACAUUUCACAUACACAUUACUCAAAGGUAUCAGAUAACAAACUAAGUAUUCCUGUUGGUUCUGACUCAUAUUUGUACAAAAAGCCUCCAGUGGAUAGUGUUCUCCUCUUGGAAGACCUGCAAGAUAAAGGUUUUCCAAUUGUCAAUUACUCGGAUCCAUAUUUUUCAAACCCAGUUGAUCUUAAUGAAAAACCAUAUAUAUACUCGGGUAAAAUAUUUGAAAUACCUUCAAGACAUUUAAGUAAUCGAAUUUCACUGAACUUUUCAGAUGAAUCUGUUGUAUUUGAAGAAAAAGUAAGAACUUCUCUCUUUUCAGAAUGGAAAUAUGUUAAAAGACCUCCAACAUACAAUACAAUUGAAAAUUCAUUCAAGAACAACGUCCCAGUUAAGAAUUACAAAUCUCAAAUUGAAAGAUCCUCCCCAAAAUAUCCUUUUCUGUAUAAGUUUCCAAGUGACUCUUCAACAAAGAAAAAGAAGGGCAAGAUCCAUGACACAUUGACUCAUUUUACGCUUGAGAUUCAUGUUAAUUGCAGAAAUGGGAAGCGACCUGAUCCAAAAGAAGACGAGGUAAACAUGAUAGUCUGGUGUAUUGAAGAAGAAACAUUUCCCUUUGAUCUCAGUAUUGCAAAGGAGGGAAUAAUGGCUCUUAACAAAGAAGGUUCUUCCCCAUAUGAAGAGAAGUUUGAACGUGCAGCUAGUCCAGUCUCAGUAGCAUUUUUUGAGACAGAGUUCGACAUGUUUGAUGCAUUAACAGAUUUGAUCUUAUUGUUUGACCCUGACAUUUUAUCUGGUUUCGAGGUGCAUAUGUCUUCAUGGGGUUAUAUAAUUGAAAGGUGUAGAAUUAUUCAUAAAUUUGACAUUGCAGUAGAAAUUGCAAGGGUUAACGAAAGAUGGAAAAAUAAGUCGAAGGACGUGUGGGGUUAUACGCAUUCUUCUGGAACCCAGAUUACUGGUAGACAUGUUAUCAACAUUUGGAGAGUGUUGCGGUCUGAAUUGAAUCUAACGCAAUACACAAUUGAGAAUAUUGUUUACAAUGUUCUUCAUGAAAGACUCCCCCAUUUUUCGUUUGAUACACUGACUAAAUUGUGGACUGACACUGGAAAUUUAUGCGGCUUGAAGACGGUGAUAUUUUACUGGUUGACAAGGGCACGCAUGAAUGUUCGAUUACUCCAAAAGCAAGAAUUCAUUGGAAAGACAAUGGAGCAGGCGCGCUUGAUUGGUAUCGAUUUCCACUCUGUUUUUUAUAGAGGAUCUCAAUUUAAAGUUGAGUCAUUUCUAAUCCGUAUAUGCAAAUCAGAGAGUUAUGUAUUGAUCUCAGCUAGUAAGAAACAGGUGAGAAGACAAAAGGCUCUGGAAUGUGUGCCACUGGUUAUGGAGCCUGAGUCUGCCUUUUAUAAAAGUCCAUUGAUUGUUCUUGAUUUUCAAUCUCUAUACCCAUCCAUAAUGAUUGCUUAUAAUUAUUGUUAUUCGACUAUGAUAGGAAGGGUAAGAAACUUAACCACGCAUGGAAACGAACUUGGUGUUGCUACUUUUAGUCUGGAGAAGAAUCUUUUGAGGCUUUUAGAGAACGAUGUCACAAUUGCCCCAAAUGGUGUUGUCUACGCUAAGUCUACAGUUCGCAAAUCAACGCUAGCGAAGAUGCUAACAGAAAUAUUAGAUAUUAGAGUGAUGGUAAAGAAGACAAUAUCUGAAUUAGGGAAAGGCAAUGAACGCCUUAGAAGAGUCUUAAACAAUAAACAGCUUGCAUUAAAACUUUUGGCAAAUGUAACAUAUGGCUAUACAUCAGCAUCAUUUUCUGGUAGAAUGCCAUGCUCUGAUCUUGCUGAUAGUGUAGUUCAAACUGGUAGAGAAACAUUAGAAAAGGCAAUAUCGAUUAUAGAGAGUAAUGAAGAUUGGGGGGCAAAAGUAGUAUAUGGUGACACCGAUAGUUUGUUUGUAUAUUUACCAGGAAAGACGAAAGAGGAAGCGUUCAAAUUUGGUAACGAAAUGGCAGUAGCCGUUACUAAAAGGAAUCCUAAACCUGUCUUCCUUAAGUUUGAAAAAGUAUACCACCCCUGUAUUUUGGUGAGUAAGAAGCGUUAUGUUGGCUAUUCAUAUGAAAAUGUAGGCCAGACAGUUCCAUAUUUUGAUGCCAAAGGUAUUGAAACGGUUCGAAGAGAUGGACAUCCAGCCCAACAAAAGAUUACUGAAAAAGCUUUGAAAAUAUUAUUUGAUUCCAAAGAUAUAUCGCAAGUUAAAAGGUAUGUACAGAGCCAGUUUACAAAGGUUCAAGAGGGUAGAGUGUCUGUUCAAGACUUUUGCUUUGCAAAAGAAGUUAAACUUGGUACAUAUAAAAGUGACAAAACUGCACCAGCUGGAGCUGUUGUAGCCACUAAACUUAUGGAAAAUGAUCAUAGAGCCGAACCACAAUAUAAAGAGCGAGUUCCAUAUCUGGUUGUGAAAGGGAAAUCAGGUCAAAUAUUAAGAGAACGGAGCAUUUCACCCUUAGAAUUCUUCGCCAAUCCCGAUUUGGAAUUAGAUUCAGAGUAUUAUAUAACUAAAACCUUGGUACCACCGCUCUCGAGGUUAUUUAAUGUUAUUGGAAUAGACGUUUCUGAGUGGGCAUACGAGCUUAAAAAAUAUAAAAAGGCCCAUUCGACUGUAAAUAAUAAGAAAAUUGAAAAAAUUGGAAAUCUAUUAUUAUGUUCUCAUUGUAAAGAACCCUAUAACAAAAUUGAUGAUAAUGUUCUUUGUGAUAACUGCCUUUCGCAUCCGCUUGAAACGACAUCAGAUCUUCUUUAUCAAGACUUACAAAGACAGUUUGAAUUAGAGAAGCUCAAACUAAUUUGUCAAACUUGCUCCUACCGCUACAACAAGGAUGCGGGGUUGAUUGGAGCAGAAAUUUCAACUCAUUGUAAUUCCUAUGACUGUCCUAUAUUUUAUUCAAAAUUCAAAUCCUUAAAGUACCUCCAAAGUUCGGAAGGAAAGGAAAGAGUUAGGACCCUUGAACGUUUGGACGAGUGGUAA